GUAUAUUUCAAGUUUCAUUCUCAGACACAAGUCACAUUCGUCAGUAAUUCACAUUCUUCCCAACAUCAGUGCAUAAUUAAGUAGAAGAGACAGAUUUUUCUGGAAAUUGCUUAUAAUUUACACAAGUAAAAGGUUACUCGUUUGCUGGAUUAAUCAAUUAAUUGGACAGCCAUGAGGGUCCUGCUUAUUCCAGUAUUAAUUACAAUCACGAAUCAGAUGAGACUGACGUCCCCAUCUCCUCUAGCAAGUAAUUCAUCAAAUAUUGACUACUACACCGUCGGCAUCCCCGAGGAUACCCACACUUUAGAAGAAUUAUACCAAGCCGCCCUCCUCGAAGGAGGUAAUCUCAUCAUUUACGCCGGUGGAGACUCUCCCAGUCAACAAACCGCUACAAAAACUGCGUUCGAAGCCAAAUUUCCCGGCCUAUCUGCUCAAAUCAUUGUAGACCUCAGUAAAAUCCACGAUGCCCGGGUGGAUAAUCAAAUCGCUACGGGAACCCUUAUUCUUGACAUCGUCCAACUCCAAACCACCCAUGACUUCGACCGCUGGAAGGCAGAUGGCGUCCUCCUCCAAUACAAACCUGUCGGAUGGUCGCAAGUUUUUCCAGAAUUCAGGGACACUGACGCCUACUUUGUUGGCCUCUACGUCCGCGUCUUUUCCAACAACAUAAACCGCGAUUUGCUCGGAGAUGACGAAUCCGGAUGGCCAACCGAAGCAAACGAUUAUCUAAAUCCGGAACUAAAGGGAAAAAUCGUGUCCACUUAUCCUAACGAUGACGACGCUAUUUUGUUCAUGUACAAACUAAUAAUUGACAAGUAUGGGUGGGACUGGUUAGCCAAAUUUGUCGCAAAUGAGCCCGUGUUCGUCCGAAGUACGCAAAAUCCAUUUAAUUUCGUGUUAAAUGGAACAUAUCCCGCAACCUUUACGACUGGAGGGCCCCUCAAACCGCAGGUGACGCGUCCCAUGCAGUUUAUCCUGCCCAAAGAGGAUCCCUUCGUGUGCUGGGCGCAAAGGGCGGCAAUUCUUAAAGAAGCAGCGCAUCCGGCCGCGGCCAAGCUGUAUUUGAGCUGGUGGUUGAGUAUCGAGCGACAGAAUCAGUAUGUUCAGUGGAAUGUGCGAAAAGAUGUCCCAAUUCCGGAAGGAUAUCGAAGCAUUUUCGACUAUCCGGGACAAACGGAUCCCACCGCGUUCCAGAAAUUUAUGGCGGACAGGAAUGCACUGGAAGUGUUCAAAGGACAGUUCCAGUUAUAUGUGGGUGAAGUGAAGGGAGACAUUCCCACAGGAGAUUUAGGGCUGCAUCCAACGGAAAUGUUACCCUCUGCAUUUCCAUAAGUUUAAAAGUAUGUAGUUUCAUAUUUGUAAUAAUUUUUACUUCUCAUGAGCUUUUGUUUUUAUAAGUUUGUAUAUAAUACAACUGAAUUGAUGCUGACAUUUUCUGUUGAGAAAUAAAAUU